AUAUCUCAUAGCUUUUCUCUCUAUCUAUACAAACUAACAUUCAUCAUGAAUCAAGAACACAAUAACACAGCUCCAACACCAAAAGCUUCGUUAUUAUUGAUGGAAGAUAAUCUAUGCAAGAGAGGAUCAGUCAUUUCAAGAACCUCCUCGGUCGGAGUCUCUUCUAGAAUCUUUUAUUAUUACCAUCAUCGGGGUCUCGACGGUGGUGUUCCAUUCAAGUGGGAGAUGCAGCCAGGAACGCCGAUCAAUCCCCAGCCGGAAGAAAUAGUUCCUCCGCUUACUCCUCCUCCGGCGCUUCUCAGCCGUAGCCUCACUAAACCCUCCUUCGGAGAAUCUAAUAAACAUUCUCUUUUUCCGGCGAAUCUUAAGCUUUGGAAAUGGAAGAAUCUUCGUAAUAGAUAUUUCUCUAAAUGGUCAAGCCAAAGCAUGCUUAGUCGAGGUAAUUAAUCGUUACGUUUAUUACAACUUUUAUAUAUUACAUGAAUACUUCGCAAAGUAAAUAGUAUAUUGCUUUUAUAAUUAAGUGCAAGCCAAAUAUUUAUUAUCUUUGAAAUUAAGUUUUGAUUGAUAGCAAUAUGAAAGGAAUGUGGCAAACAAAAUAAUCCUGUUAAAAAGCGGAAUCACAUAUUAAUUGUGUAAUGUUAUGUAUCUUUGUCAACUAAUCUUGCAGAAUCAAGUAAUACAAAAAAAAUUUGUAUAAUUGGUAAAACUCUUAAGUUAAUCAUUUUCCUAUUGAAUCUACUCUGUAAAUCAUAACUUAUUGUUACUAGAUACUCAAUGUGAUCCUUUUGUCUUUUUAAAAUUCAUGUAAAAUCAUGUUUUUAUCAUCUAUAUAUAUGUAAAUCAUAUUAUAGAUAAACAUUUGCAUGUAUUAUCCAUAUAUCAGACUAUAAGAAUGCUCGUCACGUUGAUUCGAGCUCUUCCGGUGAAUCAGAGAGAGUUGAGGAGUCUGAGGAUUACAGGUCGAGCUCUUCUUCUUCUUCUUCAUCGUCAUCUUCCUCAAAAGAUCGAAGAUUGGUCAAGGCAUCACCACGUCAAUGGUUUAGCGGUGGUCCACCUCGAAAUUUAAAGAGUAGUACCGGUUUUCGUUAGAGUUCUUCUCUUGAAUUAUCGUAUUGUACCAAAUUAGAAGUUAGAUUACAAGGAUAAAAAUGAAAAAUUAUAUAGAUUACGUCGGAAAUGAUCAGACUAUUGUAUAAACAUUCUUAUUUUUCAACAUUAGUUUUUCUUGUUACUAUUUUCUUUUUGUGCAACCAUUAUUUUAAAAUUAAAAAGAGAUUAGGCUUAAAAUUGGCCCAAACCUGAGUCCAUUACAGAAGUAUAUAAAGUUUUAAAAUCCGUGUUGCUAGAAAAUCGGUUCUGGGAUUUCUAGAACGAGAGAUAUGAGAGAAAAUGAUAAAGUCAAAUGCCGAAGAGAUCUACUUGAUAUCAGCGAUGAUACCAAAGAUUUCUUUGAUUUGAAGUUUGUUUGAGAUUAUUCCGAUGAACGUUAGACAGUCGGAGUAGAUUUGAAGUUGAACAUGUCAAAAUCUGGUGCUGUUAGAAGAUCCGAUCUAAUUGCUCAAGUCUCAGCCAUUAAAGACGAGAUGAGGUAAUCGACCCGAACAAAAUUACUAUUUAUUAAUAGAGUUGUUUGGAUGUAAAUAUUAAGAUUAUUAAAGCAAUUCUUUCAGAUAUCUAUUUUUAAGUUUUUGUCAGAAAAAUAGGUUUUAAAAAAUAAAAUGAUUAAAAUAAUUUUUUUAUUUUGAGACUUUUAAUUUUUAACUUUUAAUUUUUUAAAAUUUGAAACUCUAAACCCUAAGUUUAGAUUAGUUAACCCUAGGAUAAAAAUAUAUUUUUACCUUUUAAUAAAACUUAUUUUGGCCAUUUUUUUAUUGAAGAUUAUUUUUGUGAAAAUAAACUAAAAAAACUAUCCUAGAGAAUUUCUCUUUAUCUUACGGAUAACAUCAUGGAUAUUUUAGUUUCUACGUAGUCAAGUUAUUAUUAUUCAAGCUAGUUAUAACAUGACCAGUUUCAUUUA